GGCGACUGGGGGAGGGGGGUGACGAGCCCCGGCUCAGCACCUCGGAGAGCUCCCUCCCCGGCCUUGUUUUGCUCCGGAAUCGCUGCUGGGGGAGGGAGCGAAGGGGCUGGCCCUAGGUGUGGAGGCCGAGGGAUGGCAGUGAAGAGGACGAAGGGCCCCCGGGGGCAGAGGGCCCAGGCGUGAUCCUGCGAGGGGGGCCGGGGCGCCGGGUGGGGUGGGGGGCAGCGGGCGGCGGCAGUAGUGGCCGCACAUCUGGAUGGAAGCGAGCUUUGUCCAGACCACCAUGGCUCUGGGGCUGCCCUCCAAGAAAGCAUCUUCCCGCAACGUGAUCGUGGAGCGCAGGAACCUGAUCACCGUGUGCAGGUUCUCUGUGAAAACCUUGCUAGAGAAGUACACAGCAGAACCCAUCGAUGAUUCAUCCGAGGAGUUUGUUAACUUCGCAGCCAUUUUAGAGCAGAUCCUCAGCCACCGAUUUAAAGCUUGUGCCCCAGCAGGUCCAGUGAGCUGGUUCAGCUCAGAUGGGCAACGGGGCUUCUGGGACUAUAUCCGGCUGGCCUGCAGCAAAGUGCCCAACAACUGCGUAAGCAGCAUCGAGAACAUGGAGAACAUCAGCACAGCUCGAGCCAAGGGCCGGGCGUGGAUCCGGGUGGCUCUGAUGGAGAAGCGUAUGUCAGAAUACAUCACUACAGCUCUGCGGGACAACCGAACUACCAGACGGUUCUAUGACUCCGGAGCCAUCAUGCUGCGAGAGGAAGCCACUGUCCUCACAGGGAUGCUGAUCGGACUCAGCGCCAUCGACUUCAGCUUCUGUCUAAAGGGCGAAGUUCUGGACGGGAAGACGCCGGUGGUCAUCGAUUACACACCCUACCUAAAAUUCACCCAAAGCUACGACUACCUGACGGAUGAGGAGGAGAGGCACAGUGCAGAGAGCAGCACCAGCGAGGACAACUCACCAGAACACCCCUACCUGCCUCUCGUCACCGAUGAAGACAGUUGGUACAACAAGUGGCACAAGAUGGAACAGAAGUUUCGCAUUGUCUACGCACAGAAGGGAUACCUGGAGGAGCUGGUGCGUCUGCGCGAGUCGCAGCUGAAGGACCUGGAGGCGGAGAACCGGCGGCUGCAGCUGCAGCUGGAGGAGGCAGCGGCACAAAAUCAGCGUGAGAAGCGGGAGCUAGAAGGAGUGAUCCUGGAGCUGCAGGAGCAGCUGCCUGAUCCCCCUCCCCCUCCCAGGACAGGUCUGAUCCCCGGUGACCAUGCCCCCCUGGCCCAGGGUUCCAAGGAGCUCACCACAGCCCUGGUCAACCAGUGGCCCUCCCUGAGCACACUCAGUAGACCGGAGGGUGCCAGCAACUCCAAGCUAUUUCGGAGACACAGCUUCAUGAGUACGGAGCCACUGUCUGCAGAGGCCAGCCUGAGCUCAGACUCCCAGCGCCUGGGUGAGGGCAAGAGGGACGAGGAACCCUGGGGCCCCAUCGGGAAGGACCCCACGCCCUCCAUGCUGGGCCUCUGCGGCUCCCUGGCCUCCAUCCCCAGCUGCAAGUCCCUGGCGAGCUUCAAAUCCAACGAAUGCCUGGUGAGCGACAGCCCUGAGGGCAGCCCAGCACUCAGCCCCAGCUGAGGAGCAGCAAGGGCAAUGCCAGCCCCACCUGCCAGGGGCCAUGGACAACUGCCACCUUUUGAGUCCCCCAACCCAGGCCACCCUUCAAGAACAACACCCAGCUAGCCUCAGGUCCCAGCUAGCCUCGGGUCUCUAGGGAAAGACAACCUGAGCCUCUUUCCUGCUUCAGCUUCCUGCCAAAGAGGCAGGAGCUACAUGGGGAAGUGGUGGGGCCAGGAGGGACACCCAGGUUACAGGUCGUCAGUCCCCUGGGGAAGCCACUCCAUUCUGUGGUCCUGAAGGCUGCCUGGUUCCUUCUGUUCAUCUUCCACACUUGCCUCAGAAGCAGGUGGUCCAGCCCUGGCAUUCCUGCUGCCCUGCCUCUGGUCUAACCCUGUGUACCCUCUGAAGUCACCCUUCCUCGGUACCUAUGCGGGGAGAGAUUAGGCAAAUAAAAACCAGAGGACUGAA